UUGCUGCUGUGCACAUACUAGGUCUCCUGGUGGGGACAGAUUUAUAUUAUUUACUGGACUGUAAAUGUGUAACUUUGUGAUUGCUAAUAAAUACUGACACAGCUGUAUUUCACAACAUUUUCUCAAAUCUUCUGAUGAAAGUCUGAGAACUUUCAAUUUAUUGCUCUAAAAUGCAGGAGAACACAUUUCAGAGCAUCAGGAACCCUUUAGCUUCCCGCACGGCUUAAGGCUUCGCGUUUUCCUCACAUUUCUCUGUUACUGAAUCACAUCCCUGCCUUUAGUUUGCUACUCUGACUUUAAUGUGUAAACUUUAAAAUUACAUCAUACCUGCCUGUGUUGCCUCAACUUAGACCUAUGACCCCCGGAGUGCCUUUAUAAGGGCAUUAGGACAGCAUUUCGAAUCAGCUGAAGAGCAACAAUACAGGAGCUCAUUUUGCAUUUCACAGCAAAAAAAAAAAAAUGGUUUUAUCCAUUAUUGCAUUGGUCAGUCUCUCAUUGGCGUUGGCCUUUGGUGAAAAAGAGCCCACUGUGGGCUCCUCAUACAUCGCCGCCGUGUACGAACACCACUUGAUCGUGAACCCGAACCCAACAAUCCCUCUGUCCCGCGCCGAUGCCCUCAAACACAUGCAGAAAAACCUGGACAUCUACGAGCAGCAGGCUGCUAUCGCAGCCAAGCAGGGUGCCCAAAUCUUGGUGUUUCCAGAAUAUGGACUUCAUGGUUUCUUCUUCAGCCGUUUGUCCAUCUCUGGUUAUUUAGAAACGGUUCCUGACCCCCAGCAGGAGAGCUGGAACCCCUGCACAGAGCCGGACAAACACAACACUGAGGUUCUCCAGCAGCUGAGUUGUAUGGCUCGUCGAAACAACCUCUACAUUGUGGCGAACCUUCCUGACCUGCAGCCCUGCCCCAUGAAGUCUGAACCCAUCACCUCCUGUCCCCCCGAUGGACGAUGGCAGUUCAACACCAAUGUGGUUUUCAGCUCAGAUGGCCUGCUGGUGGCGCGCUACCACAAACAGAACCUGUUCCACGAGCAGUCCUUCGACACACCUCCAGAACCUGAAAUCAUAACGUUUGACACGCCCUUUGCCGGCAAGUUUGGAAUCCUCACCUCUUUUGACAUCCUGUUCUAUGAGCCCACCAUUACCCUGGUGGAGAAGGGCAUUCGUCAGCUGAUCUUCCCCACAGCCUGGCUCAACACGCCCCCCGUGACGGACAGCAUUCAGUUUCAGCGAGCGUUCAGCCUGGGUGCUAAUGUUACUUUACUAGCUGCCAACAUUCAUUUCAACCAAUUCAAAAUGACAGGAAGUGGUAUCUACACCCCCUUCUCCGCCCUCUACCAUCACGCCCAGCAAGGUGACCCAGAGGAGGGCAAGCUGCUGGUGGCCACUGUACCCGUGUUGGAUGAACUGUUGAGGGAAGAGGAACCUACUCCACCUACAGGUGUGGACGCUCCGUCUUCUUCUCCUCCUCCUCCCACAAUCUUUGCAGUAGUCCCACUAAACGGCACACAAGGCGAACUGGAGCUGUGCAAUGGCACGUUUUGCUGCCACCUGGAGUACCGCAUACAAGGAAACAGUACGGAGUUCUACGUAUUUGGAGCUGUUGCUGGAUUAGACAAAGAGGGCUUCACCGUACAGGCUUGUGCGCUCGCCCGCUGUAAGAGAUCGGAUAUCGUGUCUUGUGUAGAGGGAACAUCGGAGGCUGAGACAAAAAUAGGUUUCCUGCUGAAGGGUACGUUUACCACCAAAUACGUUUAUCCCUCAUUACUAACGAGCGGUUAUGUCCUGGAGCCGCUCGAACACCUGGAGCGAGAAUCUGACAACACGGUGACAAUGAAACAGUCGACCACAGCCGGUGGCUUGGUCACUGCCUGUCUGUACGGCCGCACGUAUGACCUGGACCCAGCAAAAGGAAAUUAAAUCAACUAAGAAUGAUAAGACACUCAGGACC